AUGACAAAGUAGCCUAGUCAACUUAACGGAUUGCAAUUAAAUAAAGACUCAAAGAAGAUAGAUAAGAUGGGUUCUUAAAUAGAAUUAUAAAUAACAGAUACAGUAUAUCUAAAAACUGAUGAUUUAGAAAAACGGCAAAAGUGGUUGUUACAGUAAUACAAUAAAAUCAUAAAAGGAUAGUAAUUAAAUUAAACCAAUUUAAUAAAGAUUUGUGGUAUUUAUUCGAGAACCAAUUGUGUUUGACAAUAUACUUUAUUAAGAUUCUUCAUUUUAAAGCGACAAAGUAUUAAAUUUGUAAUGAAACCGUUAGUUUGUGGUUGUUUAAGAUUUGUAGAAUCGAAAUUCAGGAAAAUAAAUUGGAUGA